AGGAAUUAGAGAUCCUAUUGACCAUGGUGUUAAGCAGUAUAUCCAGGAAAAGGGACUUCAAGAUCACGAAGAUGAAUUGUGGGAAAUUGCUUUAAUUUUGAGAAAUCUUGCCACUGGAGAUCCACCGAGCUUUGGUUCACACGCCCUAGGAUACAUCGAGUAUUGUCGUGGUGGCGAAAUUUCGUCCGUUGGACGGCAGAUGCUACAAGAACAGUUUAAAAUUGCAACGAAACCCCCGAUUAACAAGGUGUUAGAGUCAGGUAUGGGAUAAAGAUUUUUCAACAUUUUCGUUGAAAAUCGGUAUAGGUAUAUUUAGAUAACUGCAUUGAAAAGACCUCUAAAAAUAGCACAUCACAAUGGCACUAUAUUAAAAAUUAGAAUACUACACGACCGGAUAACAAAGAAAAUAAUUUAUGAAAGUGGCAAAGGUUAGGGUUUUAAUUCUGCAUGAAAAAUACAACUACCACUCGAUAUACCUUCAUAUCCGCAUUUUACCCUCUCAUCCGUGAUCCGUCCGUCCGCAUUUUACCCUCUCAUCCGUCCGCAUUUUACCCUUUCAUCCGUCCGUCCGCAUUAUACCCUUUUAUCCGUCCGUUCGCAUCCGCGUUUUACCCUAACCCAUACUCGAGACAUCACAUUUUUGUUUUAAAUAUACCGCGCAAUCUUAAUAGCUUGGUGUUAUGUUAUGCGUUGUUAAUACUUUCGCGUCCUGUCAAUUAUCAAGUAACAAAAUAAUUGCUUUGCUUUUUAAUUUAUAUUGUUUACUUGCAUGGUUACUUAUUUUAGGUAAUCAAUUAAGGUAAUCAUGUUAUUUAAUUAAAAUUAUUUAUAGUUUAAGAUAUUUCUUGGUGUGUGAAUUUAAUCUUGUUUUAAAUUAAAGUGCCUAUGUCAUGGUCAGGGAAUUGGUCUAUUUCGAUUAUUUAGGUUAUUCUAAGAGUUUUUUUGGCCGGCUCAAAGUUGGUGAUUUUUCGUGUUAUCGUGAGCAUAAAAGAACUGGGGCGAGAAUGACUUUCAGCGCCGGCGUGACGUCAUUUCGAGAACACGUCAAAACAUAACUAUAGCCUCCUCAGCAGGCAUCGCCUUUAGAUUAGCGGGCAAAAUUUGCUUGCGGGCAAAAGAAAUUGAAGCAGGGAUGCCUGCCAAAACCUGAAGAUUUUGGACCAGCUAUAUAACCCUUGUGGACAGGCUAUGUUAAAUACGCAUAAAUCCACAUAGGAGUGCAUAUCAAUAUUCUCUUCUUGCCUUGAAAAAAUAGCCACUCUUUGUUGUCUCAUUUCAGUCAAACUUAGAGGAACAGGGUCUUCGACAAUGCAUCUAGUUGAAUUUCCCUGUCAGCCUCGAAAUAUUUUUCAAAAUCACUUUUUUCCUGACAAAUCAAACAUGUCACCUUCCAAGUAUGUACAGCUGCAGUUCACACAAACAGUGUACUGAUUAGCAAGGGAGGCAUCAUUAUCACUAGUGUUUUCUGUGGCACUGUCCACAGUGUCUAUUACUUAUUGUGAGUCAUCUUCAAACUCAGUAUCAAUUGUAUUUUUCCGUUCUUUCGGUUGCGAUAAUUAAAUUAUCAUAAAAAAUAGACCAGCACGUUUGGCAGAUAAAACGCUAAAAUAACUCCACCCAACUUUCGAGCAGUUUAACUUAAAAAUUACAACAGAGGCAAAUUUACGCGUACUAAACUUCUUAGAUGCCACUUUCGACCUCAGCAAUGGAAAAUACAAACCUUACAGGAAACCCAUGACGAUCCAUUAUCAAAUUGUGAGUUUUUCAAACACUUUAAAUGGCGGUUGUCCUUCGGACUCGCGCUUGUUUGAUGUUCUUUGAAAAACUAACUCGUGCAUGUUUUAUCCAAAAUGCCGUCGAAACUAUCCUAUUACUUAUACUUAUUAGUAUUUAGUUGUAUUUCGCACCGUAAAUUUCAAAUAUGCAUCUUACCUUAUUUUAAAUUUUUAUAGGUCGUCUAGUUGGUCAAGGCUAUAACAUCUUAACCGAUAAAUCAGUCGCCACCCAAGUGAUGAAGUUUGAUGUUACCAAAACCCAAUACGGUAUUGCAAUUCCGAAGUGUGUGAAAUUUGAGAAGGUUCAGCAAACCAGAAGCUCUAUGGAUCAGUUUGAAAAUGAUGAAUCAUACACGCAGUCGAGGUUGGUAAAUCUUAAUGUAAGUUUAAAUGUCGAACAGAACGUGAUGGCGGGUUGCAGAGCUGGAUGUAAUAAGAGUAAUAAUUCCACCUCCUCCACGUCGGAAUUUUCCUUCUUGUUCGAACAACGAAUGUUUGAAAUAAAGAUUGGCAACUACAAGGAAUCUCUGAAUAAUGGCAUGACCUUCACAAGUGAUUUCGAGUCAGAUGUUGCGAACUUGCCAAGCACGUAUAACAAAAGUGAACCCAGUUGCAGAAGUCAUUUCGAGAGAUUCUUCAAUCGUUUCGGUCAUUUUUUGGUAUCUUCGGCGUUUGGAGGAGGAUCAGUCGAAAUAAAAUGUAGCAGAGAAACGAUUGGAGGAACAUCAGCGAGCUUAGAAGAAGCGAAGGCUUCCCUGACAGCCGCGUGUGAGGGGGUAGACGUAGAAUUCAAUGCAGGCAGCAGUUCCUCUGAUGACAUGAACGCAAAGGCUUUGUUGAACCGAUGUACUCAUUCUUGGGAAGGUGGCGACAUGGCCCUUCAAGCGAAGGAGACAAUCGCUGAUAAAGAAAAGAUGCAGAAAUGGAAAGCAUCUUUGCUCGUAAACCCAAUGAUGCUUACUUCAGAAAUGACACUAGAACCUAUUUCAACUGGAGUAGCCUGUGUCGAUCCCAAAAAAGACCAAACAACUUACGAUGCACUUAAGGAUCUUUUGGGAGGUGAAUUUAAAGUUCUUGCCGAGGAGGAGAAACAGAAACGUGCAGCGGACGAAAGUGCCAAGAAAAUGGAAGAGGCAAAUACAAGACAAGCUUCUGCUCAACAACCAGAACAAAGCGGCGGUGGUGGAUGUUUUCCCUCAAGCUUACUGGUUAAUAUCCAGAACAAAGAUGGUGUAGUAAAACAAAAGAAAAUGGUGAAACUCGAAGUCGGCGAUAAGAUUAUGGGGUGGGAUGAGAAGCGUAAUCGAGCCAUUUUUACGGAAGUAAUCAUGUUUGCGCAUCGUGCAUCGGAUGCUAUGGAUGUGGAGUAUCUGAAAAUUGCCCUGGAAGAUGGAAACAAAAUCACUCUAACUGGUAACCAUUUGAUUAUGGUUGGAAAGCACAAAAAGGCAAUCCUAGCCCAAAAGGUGAAACCUGGAGAGAUCCUGUUCACAGUUGAUGAAAACCGGGAAAUUUCACCUAAGAAAGUUUUGGCUGUUGACAAAGUGAUCGAGCAAGGCGUGUACUGUCCUUUUACCGUACAUGGAAACCUGAUCGUCGAUAACGUGCUGGCAAGCUGCUAUGCUUCCGUUCAAGACCAUGUGUUUCUCGAAGGUCUCGUAAAGAUCUCAGCUCAGAGUAUAGCUCAUUUUGGCCUCGUGCCAAUGCGAGCUCUCCACAAGCUUCGAUUCAAAUGGUGGAAGAAAAUUCCAAAUGGUCAAACCAUGCAUCCCUACCUGCAGUGGUUAUGCAAACUCAAGCUGCCAUGGCAAAUUAACAUGCUUGAAAAAUAGAGUUGGUGAAAUUACUGUUUUGAUUGUUGUUGUUUUUACUUACUUUUAAAUAAUAGAAAAUAAUAGAUUGCAUGUUUUAGUUAAAUACGUUUUUGUACGAUGCGAUAAAGAUAAUAAUAUGAUGUAAUCUAGCCAUUAUAAACGCUGGACGAUACUGCGAAAAACACCUGUAAUGAUGGGGGUAUGAAGAAUUUGGUGUCAACAAUGCCCAAACUAAUUUUAAAUGGAUAACCGAAAUACGUUUUUGACACCGUUUGUAGAACAUCGAACUAUAGACAAGUCCAAGUUGUCGAAUGAGCGAAUAGACAAAGAGGACGAAAUGUCCCAACCUUGCACCCAGGGUCUUAAUGUCCAACCUCUUGCAAAGCAGAGUUUCUGCGGGCGGCAAAAAUUAGGGAGUGAACAUGUAAAAAAUCGGCGGGCGAAGUGACUUAGGGCCUGUUUACAUGGAG